AUGAUCUGCAACAGAACAUUGAGUAUUAUAUCAACGAAUGAAGAUUCUGGUUCAUCUUGUUUAUUUGGAGUUGGAAAAAAUUACUUUUUCAAGUUAUUAAGUACUCCACAAGGAGAGGCCAUGCUUCAUCAAUCUAUUAGAAAGGAAAUUGACAAGUUUAUAGAUCCAAAUCUUGAGGUUAUUUGCUCCCAUCCUAAUUCUUUUUUGGAAAAGGUGCUAUUCAAUGAUAUUCUUGGAAGGUGUUUAAUUACAAUGAUCCAAUCUCGUUCAACACACAGAGGAGAAUGUAUUCAUUAUCUCAAAAUUAUGAAUAAUCUAUUAGAAAUUCUAAAGGAGCCGACCAAACAUUUUACACAUGUCGAUCUAUUGAAAGGAUUAUUACAAUUGAAAAGUUCAACAAUGGAUGCUUUGAGGUUUGAAAAUCAGUCCAUGAGGGCACAAUUAUUGAGAUAUGAACAAACCCUGAGAGAAAUUUGCAAUAUUUCCAGAACAACAGAUUCAUCACACAUGGCAGAAAGUUUGGAUAAUAUAUAUCAAACUUGUAAAAAGGUUCUCCAAUAG